AUCCCCCGUCUCCACAGACCAGUCCGCCUCCGUCCGCAUGCGCUAGCCUCCGGUAAUCCAUCAUUGGCUCCAGCCGAUUCACGCACACCCGCCGUGCCGAAUUCCCUUCUUUUAUCCACGUAGAUGCCGCAAUUAUCUCCCUCUCAUGCGCCUGUUGCCUUGCAAGUUGGAUGCAUUUGAUCCCCCCGUCCCUGUGGGGUAGCAAGAAGAAGUAGAAGAAGAGGAGAAGAAGAGGCUGCCGCUGCCACCAUCUUUAUCGGCUGGCUGGAUUCCUCAUCUGCUUCUCCCUUGCUUUCCUUCGGGCUUCUCCGAGAGGGAGAGACCCACCUCGCGUCCUCCCUCCUCUCUCUGGUCCCCGCUCCCGGGGAGCAACCCUUUUAGUGCAAGAUUCAAUCUGCUCCUGCUCGCCCCGCCGCUCCCUUACUCCUCCUCGCCCCGCAGAUUCGCCUCCCUCCUCCUCCUCUCCUCGCGCCGUGCGGCGGUUCUUGAUCCGCUCCAGUCCUGCCGUGUGCCGGUGGGCGCCGCUGCUCCAGGUCCGGCCAAAGGUUGCUGCUUGCGGGGUCCGUGGCGGCGGGCGGGUGGCUGCGUUCCGGCGGCGGCGGCGGCCUCGAUCUGCGCCGGGGCUCAGAUUUGAUCGGCGUGGCGCGCUCCUGGAGCCCGGGGUUCCGAUUCGGCCGCGCUCCCGGUGUGCUGCCCCAAUUCCCCGACUUUGAUGAGGCUCUCGCACUGUGAGACCUACUGCGCCUCCCCCCUCUGCUACAUCCCGUGCCUCCCCAAAUCCAAAGAUGCACCACCACCCGCCGCCGCCGCCGACGCCGUCUCCGCGGCCCCCUGCCCGGUCGAGGACAAGCCGCCUCAGGUCCAGAAGUUUGAGGCCGUCGCGCCGGCGGCGGCCGACAAUGAUGAAGACGACAAGGACCACAAGGAGCACGAGGACGGCGAGAAGACGGCGCCGCCGAUGCCACUACCCAAGAGCAACCUCAAGAAGGCCAAUUGCGGCGAGGACGGCGCCUGCGCCCCCAAGGGCAAUGUGAAGUGGCUUGAUUUGCUGGGGAAGGAUCUCACCGAGGUCAAGGAGUUCGAGCCAAGCGAAUCCGGAGACUCGAUGGACGACGAAGGCAUCUCGACGUGCGUGUGCGUCAUCCAAUGAACCCAAGAAGGAAGGCUCAUGUACAUUUCUGUGAAAAUUAAGGGGCGCCCAGCAUUCGUUGCCUGUACCAGUUUCAUCGGUGCACGCCGCCAUAGCUGCUUAGUAGAUGUAGUAGAGGGGUGGGGGGUUUUCUGCUGUUUUUACCAGUCUCAGAUCCGUCGUGGGUGCGUGUUCUUGGGUGUGGGGGUGGAGCUUUGUCUGCUGGAGUUGAUACAGUGCGUUCGACGCUCCUCUCGGUCGGGUGGUGUUGUAGUUCAGGGUUGAGACUUGAGAGUUUUGCUUCUGUAAAGUUCCCAAUACAAAAGAUGAUAUUCAUCGGAGUCGGAAGACAUAGAGAUGA